AUGCAGACAUCAAAUGUUUGGAAUUUCGGUCCAGGUCCUGCCAAAAUCCCUACCUCAGUAUUACAGCGAGCUCAGGCCGAACUUUUAAAUUACAACAACACUGGAAUGUCAAUUAUGGAACUAUCGCACCGCUCCAAAGAAUUCGAAAACUUUAAUAAUAAAACUCAACGUGAUUUACGUACUUUACUCAAUAUUCCUAAUAAUUAUAAAAUUUUAUUCAUGCAAGGCGGCGGUAAUACACAAUUUGCUGCAGUAGUUUAUAACUUAUUGGUUGCAAAAAGACACCAAUUAAGUGAAGACCUCGAGGAAGAAUUCAAUCCUCCACUGGAUUAUUUAAUCACAGGUUCAUGGUCAUUAAAAGCAGCAGAAGAAGCAAAGAAAUUAUAUAAUAAUGUUAAUAUAGUUUUUGACGUCAAAAAACUUAAAGGAUCAUAUGGAUCAAUUCCACCAAAAGAAGAAUGGAAACUUAGUGGUUCAAAAGCAGCAUAUGUUUAUUACUGUGAUAAUGAAACAGUUAACGGAGUAGAAUUUAAUCAUAUACCGGAAAUUGAUCCUUCAGUACCAUUAGUUUGUGAUAUGUCAUCAAACAUACUUUCACGCCGUUUUGAUGUAUCAAAGUUUGGUGUUAUUUACGCAGGGGCGCAAAAAAAUAUUGGAGCAGCUGGUUUAACCGUUGUUAUAGUUCGUGAAGAUUUAUUAAUAAGAACCAAAAAUUUCGAUAACAAAAAUUCUGGUAUUCCUGCGAUUCCCUCUAUGUUAGAUUACAAAGUAAUGGCAGAUUAUAAUUCGCUUUAUAAUACCCCACCAAUGUUUUCAAUAUAUAUUUCAAGUUUAGUAUUUGAAUGGUUACUAGAAUUAGGAGGGGUCGAGGCGAUCGAAAAGACUAAUUCAAUUAAGGCUGAAAGGCUUUAUGAAGCAAUUGAUAAUUCGAAGAUUUAUAAAUCACCCGUUGAAAAAAGUGUAAGAUCAAGGAUGAAUGUACCCUUUAGAAUUCAACAGGAAGAAUUAGAGAGCGAAUUCUUGAAAGGUUCUAUCGAAUUAGGAAUGUUACAAUUAAAAGGACAUAGAAGUGUCGGAGGAAUUAGAGCUAGUAUUUACAACGCUUUGACUUUGGAGGGUGUUGAAUUUUUAAUCGAAUAUAUGAAGGAAUUUGAGAGAAAACAUUGCCAAUAA